ACUCCUGUCAAGCAACACAGUUGUCUGGUGAAUCAGCGUAUGAGCACACAGGGUUGGAAAUAAUACCGUCGUUAAACUUUUGCUGGACUUCACGAACGACCGCUCAGCACUUUUGGCAUUAAGCUUUGGCCUGAGCAACAGCUCCAGGAAUUAAUAGUUUUUUUUUGCCCUGUCUGAAUCGGUCAGUCGGAGCAAACGACGUGGUGCUGGUAGGAAGAAGAGCGUCAGACAAGCAAAAAGGAAGAUAAUUCAGUGAUUCGUUCGGCUGCCAUAAAGCCAUGUCCUCCGGUGAUGCGUCGGAGCAGAGUCGGCGGUUCUGUGUGCUGUCUUGGGAGCAGGUGCAGCGACUGGACUCGAUUCUUGGAGAAACGGUACCAAUUCACGGACGUGGAAACUUUCCGACACUUUCCGUUCAACCUCGACAGAUUGUGCAGGUGGUCCGGGCGCGACUGGAGGAGCGGGGCGUUGCCGUGCGCAACGUGCGACUCAACGGCUCGGCGGCCAGCCACGCGCUUCAUCAGGACACUGGACUCGGCUACAAGGACCUGGACUUGAUCUUUGGCGUGUCGUUACCGGACGACCAGGCCUUCCGCCUGGUCAAGGACGUGGUGUUGGACUGCCUGCUGGACUUCCUGCCCGAGGGCGUGAGCAAGGAGCGCAUCACGGCACUGACGCUCAAGGAAGCCUACGUGCAGAAGCUGGUGAAGGUGUGCAACGACACGGACCGCUGGAGCCUGAUCUCGCUCUCCAACAACACCGGCAAGAACGUGGAGCUCAAGUUCGUGGACUCGCUGCGGCGGCAGUUCGAGUUCAGCGUGGACUCCUUCCAGAUCGCCCUGGACUCGCUGCUGCUGUUCGACCGCUGCUCGGAGACGCCCAUGUCGGAGAGCUUCCACCCGACGGUGCUCGGGGAGAGCGUCUACGGGGACUUCGAGGAGGCGCUCGGCCACCUCUCGCGGAAGGUCAUCGCCACGCGGAAUCCCGAGGAGAUCCGCGGCGGCGGCCUGCUCAAGUACUGCCACCUGCUCGCGCGUGGCUUCCGGCCCACGUCCGAGAACGACAUGAAGGCACUCCAGCGCUACAUGUGCUCGCGCUUCUUCAUCGACUUCCCCGACAUCGGCGAGCAGCAGCGCAAGCUGGAGGCCUACCUGCAGAACCACUUCGCCGGUAUGGAGCACAAACGCUACGAGUGCCUGGCCACGCUCCACCACGUGGUCAACGAGAGCACGGUGUGCCUGAUGGGGCACGAGCGGCGGCAGACGCUCAACCUGAUCUCGGCGCUGGCGCUGCGGGUGCUGGCCGAGCAGAACGCCAUCCCCACGGUGACCAACGUCACCUGCUACUACCAGCCGGCGCCCUACGUGCGCGACAUCAACUUCAACAACUACUACGUGGCGCACGUGCACUCACACGUGCACUCACUCCUGCCUGCCUGCAGCAGCUCUUACCAGACCUGGCUGCCUUGCAACUGACCACAGAGACAUGGCACACAAACACACCGGAACUGUGAAACAUGAGACUUUGGAGAGAGGAAAAAAAGACAAGUUUAAAAUAAAUAAAUAAAAAAAAAUGUAAAAAAAGAAAUCCACACAUACAGUAUGUGUAUCUACAUCAAAAACACACAUGUGCGCUGAGCCCGGCCCCUGAGCUGGGCCCUUGUGGAGAAAUGGAACAUUUCUGUGGAAUGGACAGGAAAAAAAAAUUUGGCCGUAGAACAUUUGUGUCCUAGGGGGAUAUAAAAGGAACUUGACAAAAAAAAACAACAUUAUUUUUGGGGGAAAAGGAAUGGUAAUAGGAUGGAUUUUGCCAAAUGGGACUGGAGAGAAACAACCCCGUACUGCUGUAGAUCUUGAGCCGACACAUGGCAUUUUUGUUCUCUGGUGUCUUUUCUGUGGGACGUUUUGUCCUUCCUCAAAUGUAGCACGAACAUGUCUUGGCUUGGGUUUGCAGCAAUGUAUGUUUCUUUAUGUCUUUAUGAAUCUUCUAAAAGGUUUGAUAAGUUCAAAGGAAUGCUGCAUUUUUCUUGAUGAAUGGUCUACGCAGUGGAGUUUUUUUUGUUGUUGUUGUUCUUCAGAAUGUUUUAAAUCAACUUCUUUUUAUGAAAGGAUGUUUAAAGGACCAAAGAUGUUUGAUUUUUGUUGUCGUCGUUGUUCAGAAGGGAAUGUUGUUCUCAAUUCCAAGUGCCUAACACAAAACAAAUAUUCAAAAAAAGAAACACCUCCAAUGUGAGAGCUGAGCUUUCUCAAGCAUUUUUCUUGUCUCCUAAGUAAAUGUAAAACUCUAUUUUCAGGGAUGGAGGCAUUAAUUUUCAUGUGAUUAAAAAAACAAGAAAAGCCCA